UCGGGCGCAGUUCUCGUUUUACAAGAAGCGGAUGAGAACCGUGCGGUCUUGUAUUUCACGUGCUAUAUCGUAUCUCAUACCGCGAGUCAGCCAGCAUUCGUGCUUGAAAAUGUGCCGAUUCUAACGAAACGAGGUACGCGGUACUCGCGCAUACCGUCGCCCAUCGCCCAUCGCCCGUCGCUCGUCCGCGUGAACAGUUUGAGAAACAAAAUGUCGCGGAAAGCGUUAUCAUACGUUUUACUUCUCCUUUACGCGCUGAUUAUUCUCAACGCGGAAUGCACAAGUGGCAUUCCAGAUCGUUGUUUGGAACUGAUCAGAUUCGAUAUCCAUGAGAUUGAGAAUCAUUUGUCCGAAUUAAAUCUCACGGACGUGCCUACCGUGAAAAUGAUGACUGCCGGAUUUAAAUGUCCGAUUUCCGCCCUGCCUUUCGGUACGCUCAAGUCAGACUGGGCCAGACUCUUGUUGCUCCAACAAGCUCAAUCUGACGGGUCGAUCAUCAAGCUCAAGCUUGUUCGGUUAAUGCAAAUAUUAAUAAUUGCUUAUUACCAAAUGGAGGAACAUAUUGACGUGAGAGACGUGACGGGUCCUGGGGCGGCUGGGACGAAAGCCGCAAAGAAAUCUCUGGUAGAAGAAACAACGACGACCGUGCCGGUUGCGGACGAGACGAAGACGAGCCACUACCCGAGCUGCAGUAAUUUCUUGGGAGCAGAAAUCUCGAGUAACAAUGCGAAUCGUCCGUGUUCGUAUAUGGAUUCGUUUUCGAACGAUGUAACGCGAUUAGCCACCAAAACUGAUUGUUCGAGGAUAAAAACGAACGCGACGGUAAUCGAAAUCGCGACGAUGAACAACUUGUCGAGUCCUAAUCGAACAACCACCGUCAUUCCACCCGACGCCGACGCGACACGUCAGAACGUUACGUCGUUGAUCGAUCUUGGCGCGGCGACCACGUAUUAUCCUGCUGGUAACGCGAAAAAAGCAGCGUUACUCGGUAAUUGCUUGAAACUCAGUAAUUCAUUGAAGGACAUCGCGCGACGACCGAGCGGCAAGGUGUUCGAGAUCGUCAAGACUAACAAUAAGGCCAAGUAUUAUACCGAGCGCGCAGCGCGAAAAGGCAACGAGACCGAUGAUCGCAGGAGAGAUCGCACCGUUAUCAGGAUAUCGCCGCCAAUCAACGAAUUCUGGCGAUACGUAACGUUUCCCACGAGAGCUCCGCUAACUACGAGGAUCGCUAGCGUAGCGCCGGCUUAUCGAAUGCCGAGAUUAACAAUUAACAAUAAGUGGACUCAAAACAGGUCCGCGCCGCGGAAGUCGCGGAAACGCACGAAAUUGAAUAACGACAUUUACGAAAGCUUCAGGCGGUUUUACGGCGUCGACAAAAAUAAAGAAGGCACAAAUUAGUGAUUGAGGAUUGAGUGUCUUUCGCGUUAUGAUAUAUCGCGUGAAAUAAUCGGGGAGCGUACUCUUCUCCCGGAACUUUUGUCGGGGAGAAAAGCGAGAAUCUCGAGUUUAAAAUAAACGUAUUUCUCGCGAUUCAUUUACUUAUCGUAUUUCGGAGCUCCGAAUUUGUCGUCUAACGCCGCCCGUCGGCAUUCGCAGCUACCUUUUUCUCGUUAGCUAGCAUUAUACAUAUAUGCAACAGCAUUUUAUAAUCAUUUAUCGUCUAAUCACAUUCGAGAGAGCAUGCCUCGCAUUAAAGAAUACAUAACAAUAUUAAAAUAAACGUAUUUCUCGAGAUUUAUUUGGUGGCGCGUCACGCGUGUGGUAUUUCGGAGCUCCGAAUUUGUCACCCAACGCGCCGCCCGACGGCACUUCGUGGCUACCUUUUUCUUGUUAUCUAACAUUAUGCAGCAACAUUUUGAAACUCUUUAGCGUCUAAUUACAUCCGAGAGAGCAAGUCUCGCAUUAAAGCAUACAUAACAAUGUUAAAAUGAAUAUAUUUCUCGAGAUAUGUCACAGUGUCGUUCGUCGCAUUUCGCAGCUUCUAUACAACCUUUCAACCGAGUCGGCCGAGCACGAGCACUGCAUUCGUAUAGUUUCAGUUAUUAAUACAUAUAGUACAUUAAGUACAUAAAAAAGUAAUUAAUAAAAACAUUAUUAAUUUAACAAACAAUAGAUAUUAAUAUUAAAUUAUUAUUAAGUAAUAACUAUAAAUAUAUCAUGCAUUUGUUUGGCGCUUGAAAGAUCAUAAAAAUUAUGAAAAAGAAUUUUAGCUUAUGAGGAAAGCGAAAAUCUCGAGUUUGGAGUCGUCUAUAAUUCCUCAGAAAUCGCUCCUGUUACGCGGGAAGCAUGUUGAGCAAGGAAGUUUUUUAGUAGGUAUUCGAGCAGCGGGACGCCUACCCCCACUAUUACCCAUCGCCAUUGGAACGGCGCGCCGGACGCGCAACGAGGAUGCCCAGCCUACGGCCAAUCAGAGCGCUGGCAGGUGUGCAUAGAAGGGGCAGUAGGCUCCCGCGCUCUGACCAAUAGCAGCGUGAUUACGAGGAGGCAAUGUGGGGUGGCAAGACCCGUGCUCGGAAUACCUCCGUCAACCUCCUUGCCUAACAUGCUAGCCUGAUAUAUCAGGAGUAAAUUUCCGAGAUUUCGCGGUGCGAAACCUGAGUUUCGCCUAUUUUAUCAUUCGAAUUAAUUUUUCCAUUAACUUUUAUUGUUUUCUAACGUCUCUAUUGAUGCAUAAUUAAAUUCUUGCUAUUUUUUAAUUAUUAU